GGCGUUCCAUACAAUAACUGAUGGUUUAUGGUAAAUUUGUUUGUUGGAUAAAAAUGGCGGAAAAAGAUUUUCAGUUAUGGAUGGAAGCGAUCAGUGGGCCCGGUGCCAGCAUCCAAGAGUCACAGAAAGCUUACGGAAAAUGGGCUAGGACGUAUGAGCAGGAUGCUGAAAAGUACCGAUUUAACAACCAUAUAAAAGUCGCCGAGAUUCUUCAAGACCUUUUCCAAGAAAACCAGCGAGAUAAAAUUCGAAUUCUUGAUAUUGGUGCUGGCACUGGACUAGUGGCAAAAGAGCUGAAGAAGUAUGGAUUUCGGCACAUAGAUGCAUUAGAACCAUCAGAAGCUAUGGCAGAUGAGGCAAGAAAAUUCAACUUGUACGAGAACUAUUUUCUUGAGUUUAUUACGGGUUCGCCAUCAAGUAUUUCAGCUAAUACUUAUGAUGUGUUAACCGGAGGUGGGAUUUACGCAAAAGAGGCCCACGUACCAUGCGAAGCUGUGCAUGAAAUGAUCAGGCUGGUAAAACCAGGUGGUUUUGUCGUGUUGGUUGCGAAUCUUGACCUUAUCCGGGCGAGUAAGAAUUACACAGAUUUAGAACCGCUUAUGGAAAAACUUGAGAUGGAAGGCAAAUGGAAAAGAGUGUUACGUGAAACUUGGAUAGCACGGUCGGUGGAAAAUAAAACUAUCGAGAGAAUAGCUUGGUGUUUUAAUGUACUAUAAAUGAUUCGUGCAUUAAAUACAUGUAUAUCUUUGUUAAAAAAUAGUAAAUACUACUGAUCCCACCGGACCAGAAAAUAUUGCAACACUGAGUCCAAGCACGCAGGAACUUUAUUAAAUUUACUUAAUCAGAUGAUACAUAUAAACAGGACUGCAAUUCAACAGUUAAGAUUUAUUAGGAAGGCAUUAUUUGUAGUAGAUCUGUAGACGUUUAAUAAUGUAAAGAUGUAACAGAAGAUCUUACAUGCCAGAUUUUUAUUCAAUCUUCAUAAAACUUGGUCUCACGAAGUCCUGGAUGAUUUAUGCUCUAAUCCUAAUGAAAAUUGGCCAGAAUAAUUGUCUCCAUGACAUCUCAGACGGAUUAAGAAUUGGGUCAGGUUGGGUAAAAAACUAGGUUACUAGGUCAUUACGCCAAAUCGAAGAAAAAUUUUGUUUACACUUUAGAGGCCACAUAUUUUCUCCAAUCUUCAUGAAAAUCGGACGAAUUUGAAAAUGGGUCAUGUGGUGUCAAAAAUUGGAUCACUAAGUCGAACAUGUUUACACUGUUAUGGUGUGUUGCCCAGGUGAGCGACAUAGGGCCGUCUUGGCCCUCUUGUUGAUAUUUCCUCAAGCUAAAAUAGAGACAGAUUUCAAAGUGAUAACCAUUCACUGUACAAAACGUUCGCAGAGAAUUCACUAUACCAAUAAUUUCGAUAAAAGAAACCUCAGAAUAUUGUAAACAAUUAUAAAACACAAAAUGAAACUGCAGAGAACAUUUUUCGUAGGGAGCCUCAAGUAAAAGGAUUUGAGCGGACAGAAAAUGAGCAUCAACAGUGAGAAAUUAUGACCAAGUCCUAUGAGACUGUUCCAAAUUUUGCUCUCUACAUUAAAAAAUAACCACGAGACAGAAGUAAAACCUACCUCCAUUUUUUCCACAAUAUGUAAACAAAAGAGUAAAGGCGAAAUAAAGAACUUUUACCGUAUG